GUUCUCCAUAAGGCUGACCGGAAUUCACGUCAUCCUUUUGACCUUGAUACUGAUUCUAUAGCUACCUUUGUUGCAUCUUGACAUUAUUCUCUGUGGGGAAUAUUUCAUCCAAGUCAGGACUAAUACGGGUGUUGAAUAAUCUCAUUUCCGCUCUUAAACUCAUACCACUGAAGAAUACCUGACUUUGAUUCGAAAUUCCUGGAUUGGCCAUACAUUAAUACAAUUGCCUUUUAACACUUAAUUCGUUUGAGAAAUUUGGAUUCGCCAGAUAAGUUUAAUAAACAUGGAUCCCUCAGAAUCAGGAGGGUUCCUUCCAGAUGCUCUUCCCUCCCCAUCCCCAAGCACUACUUCGGUCAGCUCCACCUCUUCCAAUUUACCACAGCCACGUGCGAAACCUCUUCGUGCUGGUUCAGGGAAAGAACAAGCUGCAAGGCGCUAUGUUGAAAACCGACUGCUCCACAUCUCGAGGCGAUACACUAAGAAAUUCGAGGAACAUGAAGAAGGAGAUUCGGUAGUCGGCUAUGUGAGUAUGAAGGAGGUAGCUAAGGACCUUUCCGAAAUAAUAGAUGUGUUGUGGCUCUCAAGUACACCGAACUUACAGAUUCCGUACUUACUAAAUGUGGCUCUGGUAAUGACUACAUAUCCGACCAAGUUCCCACCAGCACCGGUUGCAACUUUUGCUGUUCUGAGAAAGCUGGAUCAUGCAUUCGCUAGCUUACUGAAAGGAGAAGACUCGAUUACUGGAGAGAUUUUACCGGGAUUUCUAGCGGGCAGGAGAGCUGGAAUGAGCCAGACUGACAUGGUUAGAUGCAGAAGUAUAGUCGAAGACACCAGAGUGAUGAUCGUAGACGUCAUGAGUAAGGAAGUUGAACCAGAGCCCGAACCUGAGAGCGGCGCCGACGAUGAUGGUGAAAACAGAGCCGACGAAAUGAAUCUGGACGAGGAGGACGACUCGGAAUAUGACAAUGAUGAGCUUGCCAUGGACAUUGCCAGAGUCUAUGAGGCAACCAUCAUGGAGCUCGGCGAAAGGCUAGAAAGUGGUCCUAACAUUGGAAUUGGGCACAACGAUUCAUGAAGGGAACAAAUCUUACAGUAACGAAAGGUUAUUAGGGCACUUAGAUGAAUUCUACUAAGCCAAGUUAGCUAAACUGUCAAAAAUAUGAGGAGCUGCCCCAAAUCGGCGAUACUUUCCGUCGUUAAGGCAAAAGCUCCGGUGGGAUGAAGUAUGCUUCUCCUAUAUUUGUGGCCACGGAUGUGAAGAACCAAAGGAAGAAGUAUGUAGUUGGCGGUCUGGACUACCUCUGAAGACCCCAGUACUCGUAAAAGUGGAGGAGCAACCUGACUAAUGCUACUGCGAUAAUUCGGCCUGCAUGUCAAUAGUUCGUGGAGGGAAUUGCGGAGAUAAAAGGAAGACUGCGAAGGUAUCCCAUCGAGGAAGAAGACAUAAGCGCGAUAUCAGUGGAUCUCAGAAAUGGAGAGAUGGGAGGAAUCAUCGACCUAUGCGGCCUUAGGGUCUUACAUAAAAAUGUCAGUCUCCUUUGUUCAGGAGCCUGCACUGUACUUAUAACACCGAUCGGCUGCGUUUUAAUCAAUCCUGUUGGUACCAU